GGCAUGGUGGUUCGUGUUUCGGGAGAGGUGUGCGGAAUCUAGCCAUGCAUUGGCUUGCCAGCUUGCCAGCUUGCAGGACAGCGAUGUCACAUUCCCCCAAGCGUCAAUUUCGACACCUGUUCCAGUGCCAGUGAUCACUUGAGCCUACUUGUGCUUGUCGUGAUUCAUGCGUGCGCGUGUGUGCGUCUGGCGCAGGGUGCCUUCGACCCAGGCUGAACUCAUGCGACUGGUCCGAGCUUCCAACGGAAUCGAUAUUCAGUCGAAUUGUUAGUCGGUUUUGUUUCAUGAGGGGGGCAGACAGGGCGACGCUACAGUGUGCUGAGAAUGACGUGGUGUGGGGUGAGCGGCCAGGGAGAAAAGGAAGUCCGCGGCAAAGAUGCAGAGUUAUCAUCUCAAGAUCAUUCGCUCCACUUUUGAGAGGGCUCAAGCUGACAUCAGCUGCCCAUAUUUUUGUCUUGUUAUCUUCCUGUCCAUAUUCCCCAUCCGUCUCGGUAGCCAACCAUGACUGAUAUAGUUGGCGCCCUGCACGGCUUCGACCUUGGUGGCCAGAUGGACGCCCAGGUGUUCGCCAAGUCUCUCUGCAUGGUCGGGGUGGCGGAGCUCUUCGACAAGACCUGGUUCAUGGGCCUUAUCCUGGCCAUCCGCUACUCGCCGGUCCCUGUGUUCGUGGGCUCCUUUGUGGCCUUGUUCGUCCACACCAUCCUCGCUGCCGCCUUCGGCUACGCGUUCGCGAGGCUGCUUCAGCCGCACGUGCUGGACUUCCUCGCGGCUGGCCUCUUCUUGGUGUUUGCGAUGAUGUACUCGAGGGACGCGUACCAGGCGGACGCGGACAGCGACGUGAUCGCCAGCGGCACGGAGGAGGCGGCCGAGGAGACAUGGGCGAGGAGGGCAACGCGGGCGAGAUUGCACCAACCUACGGCGCGGCUAAGGGCCAGCUGAAGGCGGCCCAGUCCAGCCAGGGCCAGACUGGGGUCAUCCUCAAGGCCUUCGUUGCCGUCUUCAUCGCCGAGUGGGGCGAUCGCACGCAGAUUGCCAUGAUCGGGCAGCACGCCUCGCAGCCACUGAUCCCCGUGUUCAUGGGCUCGUGUCUGGCCUUCUUUCUCCUGACCCUGUCGGCAGUUGGGGCUGCCGCCUUGCUGAACGGGCAGAAGAUCAGCGAACGAGUAGUCUUUUCAGUGAGCGCUGUUUGCUUCUACGCAUUCGCCGCUUGUGCUCUGAGGGACGCUUUCAUCGCCAUGCAUCAGCAUGUCACGAUGUAAUUAGCUGCGUGCGUACUUUUGAAUGUUGCUGGCAUCCUGCCACCCACCAUUCGUGCCUGCCCAACUUCUCGGCCUCGUCCUUGAUCCUGCUUUGUUGAUGUGGCGACUUGGUCAGUUUUCAAUGUGUGCCGUUGCUUCGACCACUCUUAGUUCGUUCGGGGCUCCUUUCUGCUCGGGCCACGAGUAGUCGUUCCUAGAGAUGCCUGUCGCUGUUGCUCCUCCAGGCAUCUGCUGCCGCGCAGAGUCAGGGUCACCACAGGGGCAUCCCGACCUGCCUGGUGCGCGCGCGCUGACGCCUACCAUGGGGGACCAGGUGGGGCGCGCAGCGAAAGGGAUCGGUCCCUGGCGUUGCUGUGGCGUGUUGCGGUCUGUGGUCUGCGAUUCCCCAUCCCGUUCGGUAUCCCAUCGCAAAGCUCUGUCCUCUCCUGACGGUCGUAAAGCAG